UCUAGGUGGCCAAUCUUCUUUGCAUAUUUACAUGUGGUCAAGAAAUGUUUUAUUUGAAUCUGAAAUUAUUUACCUUCCAUACUUUGUAAACAACAAACAUCCGCUUAUUCAACCAAUGAUUUUUCGAGGAUCAUAACAGAUUUUAAAAUUGUACGUUUAAUUUAAAUUUCCAGACAAUCAAAACACAAGCUUCGACAUGGAUUGACUAUGGACAUGGACACAGCUUAUCCUGUUUAUUCGUCUAUGGAAGAGUGCACUGCUGAAUGUGGAUCCUUGGUUUCUUACUGCAUUGGGCAUAUGCCGAAUCUUGUGUGCCAACUCAAUUUUGUUGCAUUUUUAGCUGUUAUCUUUUUCGCAAUUUUUACCGGUAUCUUCAUUCCUGUUUCGUGCCUAUUUUGUUGGGUAAGCGGUGGUUGUCGACGAUCGAAAUCCCGUCGAAUGUCCUUCUUCGCAACACUUUCAAGUCGUCAAAAUCGAAGUCGACGUGGCACAGGAAAUGAUGAGGAGCGAAGCAGUUUGUACCCUUCCUCUCCACCCACUCUUCAAAUCCCAGCAUCCACAAAGUGCCGACAGCCAUCGUCCUUUUCUCUUCCCGCAGUCUCUCACGACGUCAUUUUAGAAGAGAGUGAAUCUUCUGAUCAUGAAUGGAGGAAGGCCAAGAGGUGCCGAAAGAUAACAUUUGAUCUCUCAAUGACACGCCGGGAUAAUGAUCUUUCACAACUGUGAUUAAAUUCAAACUGAAAUCUAGUAUUAACGGGUGAUUUUGAAAAUAAAACAAUUGAAUAUGGCGAA